AUGGCAGCCUCAACUAUGAUUUCGUUUUUGAAGUUAUUGGUUUUUCUACAAGUUCUUGUGGAUUUCCAACGACUACUUAUAGAAGCUGGUUACAUUAAAUGGGAAGUCAUGGAAGUAGUGUUUGGUGACAAUGUCACAAUUCAAUGUACGUAUUAUAACCGUCUAUCUUGCACUGAUCAUAUCUUCUGGACAUGGACUACUGGGAAGGAAAAUGAACUCAUCAUGACUAACGGCACUCUUUCUGAGAAGUACAAGAAUGGAAAAAAAUAUUCCGAAAGAAGAUCGUCGUGCACUCAGCAUUCCAAUCUAGUGAUAUCCAACUUUAGCGAAAUAGAUUACAGGAAGAAAUACAAAUGUGGCAUUGCAAAUAUAAAAAGUACGGAAAGUUCAUUUGUGGAGUAUCCAAAAGAGGAGAUCACUUUCGAAAAUAUAUCAUAUGAAUAUGCUCCUGCUCAAAAGAUGGUAUCGACUGUAUUGCAUUUGAAAGAUCAACAAGUGUUUUUCAGUCUUAAGAUUGAUAAAAUAUAUCCAGUUCCAGAGUGUCAAGCAACAUUUGCAGUAAGCAUUUCUAAUUCAAGAUCUUUAUUCUGA